AUGGCGGCGUUCGCGCGGCGCAAGGCGCAGCGGCUCGCGCAGCCCGACCCCAGCCGGAAGCGCGCGCUGGACGCGCGGGCCGCGGAGCUCGUGCGGCUCCUGAACGCGCGCGAGCGCUUCUGCACCACGAGCUCGUGCGACGGCAGGGUGAUCGUGACGGACACAGACGGCACGGGGAUCCAGAAGAAGAACUGCACGUGGCUCCUGGUAACGCAUGACCCAUGUGCCAAAGGCGAUCUGAUGACGGCACUCAAGAAAGCCACUGGUGAUGUUGUGUUCAAGUUUGAACCAUUUGUUCUUCACGUGCUGUGUCGGGAGCUGCAGGAUGCACAGCUGCUGGUAAAGCCACGUCAACAUUCAGUGGCUAUUGACUCUGGAUUCAGGAACUCUGGUAUUACAGUUGGCAGAGGAGGAAAAAUUACAAUGGCUGUGCGGAGCACUCACUGCUUAGAAGUUCCAUUGAGCCACAAAGGGAGAUUGAUGGUCUCUGAAGAAUAUAUUGAAUUUCUGGUACAUGUAGCCAAUCAGAAAAUGGAAGAGAACAUAAGGAGGAUUGACAGAUUCCACAAAGGCUUGGAGCUGGCUCUGGAAGCUGCUGUCCCUGCAGAGACCUUGUUUCCCAAGGGGCCAGAGAAGAGGCACUCUGUGUAUGUGCACAGAAGAAAGAGACGGACUGCUCAGGAGCAGGCAGAUCCCAGCAGAGAGCUGGAGCCCCAGGAUGAUACUGAAAGCAGCCUUGGUCUGUUUGCUGAAAUCAUGAUAUAGACUGAGACAUUUGAAAGCAAAUGGUGAACUGAAAAAGUUAUUUUAAUGCUCUUUUUGAGAUAUUUAUAUACUCCUGUGCUCCAAGUAGUAAUACUCUCAUGGACAUUGACCAGAAAAAAGGUAAUUAACAGAAUAGUGAGCAGGUGUAGCUACAGGACACAGAGAACAAAGCUGUGGAAUGUUUUGUGAGUUUUUAAAGUGUACUGUUGAAUUCACAAAGUGGUACUCCAUCAGUUAUCCCAGAAACAACUGGUUUGCUGCAGAUUUUCACUGUGUUCUCUGUGGCAGCACUUCACUUCCAGCUUGUUGGGUUUUGCAGAGCCAGCCAGCUCUGCAGGUUUCUCCUUCAGGAAGGGGAGGACAAGCAAUGAAGACUGAAGACCAUCCACUUGUGAGACAGCCAGUACAUGUGGUGGAAAUUCCACAGAAACCUUCCACAGCAGCGCUGUUUGCACCAGUCUGAGACCUCGUGUGCGUUUGGACAGACUGGUUAAAGUAUGACUCAACCCAAGGGCAUAGUUUCUAACAGUGCUGAGCUGCUGGCCAGGAGCUGUGUGAACAAAACUGGAGUCCCACAGCCCAUGGGGCAGCAGGCAGGUGGUGAGAGCAGCCCACAUGGGGCAAAAACCAGCAGCUCCUCAGGUGUGGGGAUGUGGCUUCUGCCACAGGUGUUACUGCAGCAUUGUUGGGAUGCGGGCUUGUGUCAGACCCUUGCAGUCACCAUUUUCCACAGACCUUCCUCUCCUCUCUGAGGGUCAGCUGCCUGUCUGGGCUGAACUCAAACCCCAGGGCUUCCAUCAACAAAAAGCAACAUCUGCCUCCAUGCAGAGGGUCCUCCCCAGCCUGCUGCCUUUGCAAAGCCCUGGGAACCCCUGUUGCCAUUCCCACUGCUGGGAGUCCCACUAUUCCUGCAGAUCCCUCUUCACCACCUGGGGGGCAUGCCUUGCACACUGAGGAGGUAGUUGUUGCUUGUGGAUUUCAGGUAGUUUGUUCAGAACAGUCUGAACCCUCCUCUGCAUGUGACAUUUCUUAAAAUGUCUGGCACUGGUCCUUUGGACACGGCUCAAGGGACUGACAACACCAGCACCAAGCACAAGCAGUGCCCACAGGCCCUGUAGCAGCCCAAACCCUCACCCCCUGUAACAGCACUACAGUAUUUACAUUCUGAGAAAUACAGUUUGUCAGAAACUGAUCCCGCAUUCCUCUGAAAAAUGAUUAAAAAUUCAGGAAGACUUUUUGGCAUCUUGACACAAAAAUGUUACCCUAAUGCAUUUAUUUCCAUCGUCGCCAAUGAUUGAAGAAUGUUGGGGAUCUCGUACUAAAACUAAGCAAGACCCUACAACAAGAAAAUAAACAGAGAAGGAUCAGGGAAAUGUU